AGCCAGGACAUCCCCAUUUCCCUCUCUCGUUUUCCUCAGUCACUCACGUAUUGACUUUCACAUUAUCACCAGACCCGAAAGCAAUACGACUUCAUAUCAAAUUCUUUCACUGCCUUCACUCUUUUUGUCUCGAAAUCCCUCCUUUCGCUGCACAACAUCAUGACCAAAUUUGCCAAAUCCAUCUCCACUCUCCUCGAGCCUAUGCCGGGAGCCACCAACGUCCCCCGUGCCCGGAAGUGGAGGGCACUCGUGGCUGAAUUCAUUGGCACGAUGCUGUUCGUCUUCUUUGUCGCCGGUUCCGUUGCCGUGCCCUCAGGCCUCAAAGCAGACCCCGUUGCCUCGCUACUCUUCAUUGGAUUAACUCAAGGCCUUGCCCUUGCGGUCUUUGUUUCCGUUUCAGCCAAUAUAUCCGGCGGGCAUCUCAACCCGGCGGUGACUCUCGCUUUGCUGGUUGCUCGAGCGGUCUCCCCAAUCACCGCCCUACUCUACAUCAUCGCCCAGAUGCUCGGCGCCGUGGCUGGAGCCGGCCUUUACCUAGCCACUAUGGGAACCGCCCACGCAGAUCAUCUCGGCAUUACCACUCCUACAAACUUCGACGGCGGCAACGUCUACCUAUUCGAAUUCAUCCUCACAUCGGUGUUGAUGCUUGUCGUCUUCGCGACGGCAGUCCACGGGUCCAUCCAAGGUCACGUCGUCCUGGCCCCGAUUCCCAUUGGGAUGACGCUGGUCAUUGCAAACUUCCUCGCCGCGAAUUUCACUGGCGCUUCGUUGAACCCGGCUCGAACUUUCGGCCCUGCUGUCGUUGCCUCCGCCUACUCCGAUGUCGCGUUCGCCUGGCGCGAGCAACACCUGUACUGGCUCGCCCAGCUCUCGGCCGCUGUCGUCGUCGGCGUGCUUUACAAGAUGAUCUACUUGUCCGCACCGGCCACAAAAGCGCAAGUUCGCGAAGCCGGGCUUUUGGGAAACUCGGCCGCGACCGUACAAGGGAUGAGCGAAGCGGAGCUCAUCCGCCGCUCGGCCCGCGACGAGGCUCCGGCCAUAAUAGACAUCCCGGACAUCCCGGAGCAGACCUCCCCCCGCUCCACCCGGAACGACUCACUACCCACAUCUGCGUCACCGUUGGUACAUACCCACCCUCGUUCGGCCCUGGCCCACACCGUGGUCCACAUCGACAGCGUGACGGAGACCGCCGCUGCUGGUCUUCCCCGGCGCACAUCCAUCCCUCCAAUGGUGGGCGUCGGUACCCAGAGGCAGACAAAGGACGCUUUGACGGAGACCGCCGCUGCUGGUCUUCCCCGGCGCACAUCCAUCCCUCCAUUGGUGGGCGUCGGUGCCCAGAGGCAGACCAAGGACGCUUUGCCGGUUACAAGCGCUGGGUCUGCUCGCUCGCGUAUGCCUUCGGCGGGAAUCGACCGGUCGGUUAUCGACUACAGUCGCGCUCGAGAAGUUGUGAGGUUAUCAUUCGGGGCGGAGGAGAUCCGCGUGUGAUUCUCCCAAAGUCGCAUGCAUGAUGCCACUCUUAAGCAGGACACUAGGACAGGAAUGGACGUAAGCGUCAUGUAUUGGAAGCGCUUCUGUUGUUGGUUCUUUUUCUCGAUGUUAGUUUUUGUCAUAUAAGUCAUGAGUAACGUAAAGUAAACAAUUCAAAAAUCAUCGACGCAA